GCCGCCGGGGGAGGCACCGGAGGAUGCGGAGGCGCCAGCGCCAGCGCCGACUGAGGCGGCGGCAGGGCCAGCACAGGCGGCGGAGGAGCGAGCACCAGCGCCAAUAGAGGCGGCGGCGGCGGAGCCAACGCCGGUGCUCGCGGACGCGGGGGCGGCAGAGUUCGACGCCGACUACAUCGGCAACCCGCAGGUCACUUAG